AUGGCAGCCUGCCGCAUCCAGUACUUAUGGCUCCUCUUCGUGCUGGGCUUCACCCCCUUCUCAGGUGUUCUGACCUGUCAUAAGGGAAUCAAGAUUGAAUAUGGCAGUCGCUAUGCUGAGCAACCAUUAGAAUGGAACACAGCUAAGACCACGAUAGCUGGACCUCAGCAGAUACGUCAGGAGACAGUCUUGAUAGUAGACAUAGGUGAAAAAUCUGUCCUGCUGGCGAGCAAAGGUCUCAGCAACCCUGGAUAUUACAGAAAUGAAUUGAUCUUAAACUAUGCCACUGGCCCUGGAAUAGUGGCUGCCUCUUACUACAAACUCUGCAGCACUGAUAUGUGCAACCACGCCACCAGCAGCCAAGUCCUCCUUUGGACCCUCCCUCCUUCAGGUGUGUGA